CCGUGCUGGGAGGGACCCCCCGACCCCGGGACUGGGCGGGCUCGGCCUGGCCAGGACCACCCAGGUGGAGCAUUAUGUCGGGGGCCGGGUGCAACCUGUUUGGUCUUUAGGGGAGUAGCAAAAGAAUUCAUUUAUUCAGUAAAUAUUUCUGAACGGCGUCCUGUGUGCCAGGCGUUAUUUCAUGCGCUGCGCAGUACGGCUGAGAACAUGACAGGCAAGGGCCCUCGGGGAGGGUACAGUCUAGUGGGCGAGGCAGACAGUAGGCAAGUAAAUAAUAGCUUCGAAGGGUGACAAGAGGUGUGAAGACGAUAUACUGGAUGGUCGAGGCGCAUCUACUUCAGAUAAGAGCUCAGAAGAUGAAUUGAAUCUUCUGGUUAUCAUAGUUGAUACCAACCCAAUUUGGUGGGGGAAACAAGGAUUAAAGGAAUCUCAGUUUACUUUAUCAAAAUGCAUAGAUGCUGUGAUGGUGCUGGGAAAUUCUCAUUUAUUCAUGAAUCGUUCCAACAAACUUGCCGUGAUAGCAAGUCACAUUCAAGAAAGUCGAUUCUUAUAUCCUGGGAAGAAUGGCAGACUUGGAGACUUCUUUGGAGACCCCGGCAACCCUCCUUCUGAAUUCAGCCCCUCAGGGAGCAAAGACGGCAAAUACGAGUUGUUCACAGCAGCGAAUGAAGUCAUUGCUGAAGAAAUUAAAGAUCUCAUGACCAAGAGUGACAUAAAGGGUCAACAUACGGAAACUCUGCUGGCGGGAUCCCUCGCCAAAGCUCUUUGCUAUAUUCAUAGAAUGAACAAGGAGGUUAAAGAUAAUCAAGAAAUGAAAUCGAGGAUUUUGGUGAUUAAGGCUGCGGAAGACAGCGCACUGCAGUACAUGAACUUCAUGAAUGUCAUUUUCGCAGCACAGAAGCAGAAUAUUUUGAUCGAUGCCUGUGUUCUAGACUCGGAUUCAGGACUCCUCCAACAGGCCUGUGACAUCACAGGGGGACUGUACUUGAAGGUGCCUCAGAUGCCCUCCCUCCUGCAGUAUUUACUGUGGGUUUUUCUUCCCGAUCAAGAUCAAAGAUCUCAGUUAAUCCUCCCACCCCCGAUUCACGUGGACUACCGGGCUGCUUGCUUCUGUCAUCGAAAUCUUAUUGAAAUUGGCUAUGUCUGUUCUGUGUGCUUGUCAAUAUUCUGCAAUUUCAGUCCUAUCUGCACCACCUGCGAGACAGCCUUUAAGAUUUCGCUGCCUCCGGUGCUGAAGGCCAAGAAAAAGAAACUGAAAGCAUCAGCAUGAUCGUAAGAUCCACCCGCCCCCACACUCUGCCCAUCUUUUCGAGUCUAUGAAUAGAAAUUGUAUGGCAGAGUCUGUGUUGGGAAGGCCCUGAAAAAAUACAGCAUGUGUAGGAUAAUUUUUACUGAAAUUUCUUACAGGAAAGAUUUCUAAACCAUUAUCCUCGUCCUGUGCUUUUGGGAGACUGCUUUUUUUGAGGGAGUCAUUCUAUGCAAUGUACCCCAAAUCAUUUCUGACUGGUUUUUGGCCACAAAGGGAGAAGAAAGCACAAAUUAGUUAGUGACUUUUUUUUUUUUUAAAUGAGGUGCUCAUUUGUCAGUCAGCCCGUCCUGACUGAUCACAGGCUUUGGACUCUGUUACCCGUGACUAGGUUCUUACUGUGAAUGCACGACCCGUGAAAUUUGAGUGCAGUUUUGGAGAAAGCAACCGUGCGGUGCUGGCAUUAGUCAACAUAGACCAUCUUCCUUGAUUCCACAGCUGACUUUUACAGUAGUCAUGUAAAUAAACUCCCGAUUGUCGAGAUUCAGAUUAGCUUCAGAUACAGAUAUUUUUUCUUUUCUCUGACAUCAUUACGUGUCUGGACACAGUCAUCCAAAUAAUAACAGUUUGUCACCGAAUAAGUGCAAAGUCCGAUCUCGAGUGAGUGAGGAGAGUGGGUGCAGGACUCUGGCGGCAACUUUUUCUUCAGAGAUAGUUGUGUGAGAGCUGAUUUGUGAAAGCCGGUGUCUGGGUUCAGAGGGGGACUCUCUUGGGGAGAAUGGAUUUUUUACGGUUCAGUGUUGUCCCCCAGAUAGAAUUCUUUCCUUUUGUAAUGAGGGGGGAAAAAAAAGCAAUAAUGUUGGAGAACUGUUCUCUAGAAGCUUUGGGUUUACUACUGACAAAUGCUAAAGGUUCAGAAGAAAAAUUAUUUGUAAUUUCAAUGAGAAAAAAAACCCUAUUUUUUUAUGUGAGCUUGAAGUUAUUAGAAGUCCUUUCAAAUUCCAGUACAAUGUAAGAAGGGCUUUCAGGAAUGGUGGCUGGUUUGAUUUGUUUUUAAAAGUAUAUUGACAAAAACAAACAGGUGUAUACUGACAAAAACCUGAAGAUUCUAAUUUUCUCUUUAUGCCAUCUCAGAAGCUGAGUCUCGUUUAAGUAGUUUGGUACUUGGUUAGAUGAUUUCGGGUAGAUUUUGUAUUCUGGAUUUAUAACUUUGUUAAUUACACACAGAUUUUGGUGGUCACCUGGCAAGUAUUUGUGAAUCCUUAAGUUCGAAAAUCUGGUUUGUCUUUUAAACAUACUAUUUAAUACUUCAUAGCCUAAGAGUAAUGGAAAUCGCUGUUUUAGGUCUAGGAGUCAUCAGAUACCCAAAAGACGAAUAAUUUCAAGGAAGCUGAUCAGGUUUUUGUUUGAAAUGUUUUGUGUACUGGCUUAAUUCUGUUUAGGCUUUGUUUUUAACUGUUGUUUUUAUGGUUUAUAUAAAUUUUUAUAAUAAAAUAAUUUAAAUUUUCA